AUUCGCCAUCAGUGGUCGGACGCUUCUCAGGCUCUUUGCCAACUUAAAGUAGACUCCACAGAAUUCAAUGUAAGGAUUAGAUAGUUAGUUCAGGGGAGCUGUACAGUCGCCUCGGACAAAUGAGCGGGCUCGUUCUUUCAUUAAUUUACCAGUAUACCAGUAUUUACCAGUAUCAACAGGCCGUUGAACCAGUGUAUUAUAUGUUGGGACACCAGGACAGCCAGGGAAGAUCACAAAACCAGUCGAAGCACACACACAGGGUUUGGGGAAAUACUCUUGAAUGUUGAUUGAUACAACCAAUAAUAAAGGAAUACGGUAUAUAGUUACAUUGGGAUAGCUACAUUACCAAGAGGACCAGGGAGCCUGAACUAACGGUGUUCAUCUUUUUAUUCCAGAGGCGCUGGAUUGGUAACAGGAAUAUCGAAGUUUGUGUGAUCUUUGAUGGAAUGAUGACAUCAUAAAGGAUACAGUUACGUCUGUCACUAUGCUAAUGAUAUUCGUGUGUUUAGACAACAACGAACCCUGGAUGAUGUACUAGAGAGUGGAGAAGCAAAUACAUGGAAUUGAUGAUAAUUGUUCGCAUCUGAACACGGCCAACAUUCAUCACUUAGUUUACUCGUUAAACUUCGCAACAUACGUGAUCAUUAUUAAUUUAGGGAAGCAAUGAGAUAUAUUCCUACUCGGCAUCGAUCCCGCUGCAUUAUAAAUCUGUUCGGAUAUUUACCAUUGCCAUGGUCAAGUCAAUCCUUCAAAAGGGUUACAGUAAUAUCUAGCAGAACUUCACCGUCAGUUACAAUCGCAGUUGGCCACUUUUUUCUUCGACACGGAAUAUUUUCUUUGACAUUAUGUAUUUAUUGAAAAUAAUCAAUAACAAAAAAGGGAAAAUAGUUAUAAUAGGUCAGCUCUUAUCCCUGAUCGACAAAUAUCACUGGACUCCCGAGGUCGUUGUCUUCCUUCGAAGCCGACUAUUACUGACAUCAUCGAUCUAAAAAGAGAAACAUUUGUGUCGGAUAACAUCGCAGUUGCUACCAAUCCCAGUUGGACAAACAGCAUCGAGCCCCAAAGCGGUCUACUCCAUUCGUAACGUAGUAUUGUCUUUGGCAUAAGUUGCCAAGUAUGAAAAGGUUCUGUUGCACUGUGGGGAGCUGGUUUCCGGAGCAAAUGGGUUUGUAUUGGUCUUGAUUCACGUUGACAACGGACUAAUAUCAAUGUUGGAUUGCUUCUCAGUGAUAUCAAUCCUAGCUGGACAUCAGACGCCAGAAGUCACGUUCUUCCUUCGAAACGGAGUACAUGUAAUUCCUUGGCAUUAUAGCGAUUGGAUUAUUGGACCCGGACCCCAGGCUUGACUUAAAUUUGAACGGACGCACAGUUUGGCCAUCAAGGUGGCAUCUCGGAGUAGCUUUCACUCAUCUUGAGCGGAUUUUCGGUCCUUUUGACGAAAAUACAACUCCCGCGAGUGAAACAAAUGGAUUUAUCGCGGUCAUCAUAUGGAAUUGGUUGAUGCAGUGAUCGCUCUUCUGACUGAUCGCUAUUCUUACUUGGUCCCUUGUAAUGAUUCUGCUGGGGUUUUAUUGAGCAGAUGGUAUUUCUGACAACGGACGCAGCGGUAAUCAUGAUGAAUAAGCAAAGGAAACAUAUGUUUCCUUAAGGUAUACAUCUGGUGGAAGAAGCAACUUUAUGAAGAGACUCGUGACUGACUGCAACAGGUGGACAUUGAUUAUGAUCCUUGUGUCAAACAGUGGACUCAAGCCAAAGAAUGUGGUUUAAGUGAUAGUAUUCUGCGGAUAGAACGUUAUCAGGUGCCCCACUGCGUCCGUUGAUGAUCGAAUCGGAGCGUUGAUAUACUAGACAAGAGUAAAAGAUGAGGUCACGCCCUGAACAUGGGAUGCAAAUCCAGUAAGAGCACGAGGGUGGAAAGCAUGCACGGGAAGCAGCAGCAGACGCAAGAGGAACCCUGUCCCAAGUUGACAGACUUUCAGCUGGAUAUCGUCAGCUGCACGUGGCCUCUCCUGUCACGCGACUUGAUGAGGAGUGGAUCUAAAAUACUCAUCUACGUCUUCGAGGCGGCGCCUCAUAUGAAACAGCUGUUUUCGUUUAGGGAUGUGAGAAACGAGCGCUUAUCCGAGAACGAGAUCUUCCAAAGACACGCCAUGAACUUCAUCAGCAUAAUAGAGGAGGUGGUGGAUAAUCUGGAGAGCCUGGAGUCGGGCCCUAUCGGUCAGAAACUCAUGAUACUGGGUGCGAAACAUGCCAUGAUCCCAGGCUUCGACAACGCCUACUUCGCCAUAUUCAAGAAGAGCGUACUUUAUACCUGGGAGAUGAUUCUGAGUGAAGAAUUCACGCAGGAAGUGAAUGACGUCUGGGAAUGGGUCAUGGAUUUUAUUAUUGACAAAAUGGGCGAGGGUUAUACCUAUUCUGUGAUGGACGCGCUCAGGAGGCAGAACGCGAGCCGAGCAAGCGAGACGUGCUAUAGUGAAAGUGUCAGUGAUAUUAAUUUAAGCGGCCCGUCGCUUACGCAAAUAAAUUCCGAUACAGCCAAUGGGAAGCCUGCAAAUGGCCAUGCAAAUCAGGAGAAUCAAACUUAAUCUGAUUGGCUGAUACAUUAACGACUUCCUGAUGUAAAUAUUUUCACUUUGUCCUUAUACUUUCUCAUUCAUCAUCAUUAAUAAAUGCAUUUAAGACAUCCAUUUAGGAAUUGGGAGUAUCAUUUGGACGAUUCAGAUUCUUAUUGGCCCGUGUUUUCGCUCCGUGUUUGUCAUUUUCACAUUUGGCGCAAUCUUGGUUUGUGAUUAACCUGAGCAGAAGUGCUGAGUCGGAUGAACACAGCGAUUUUGCGCAUCGGGUAAACCAUGAUGACGACCAGCACAAACGAGUGAAUAAGUGCAGCAGGUGCAUGUAUGCAUGUACAUGUAUCAUAAACAGGUAUAAUUGCGCAUUUUUCUUGGGCGUUUUCCUUUUAAUGCUUUUCAUUGGAGAGACAUUUACCUAGAACCCAAACUGAAUAAAAGAUACUGUAGUUCAAAUUACAUGACUGUGUGUGUGCCUCAUCAGGGAACUUUUAAUACAAAAUGCAGGUUUUAACUGUAUGUCUAAACCAAAAGCAUGUAUUUCCUCCACGACCGGGUCACUUUUGACUUCCUUGUUUAGAGAAAAUGUGGAGAUAUGUGAGGAGUGAUCAUUCUGCACCACCACUGAUAGCGAAGACCAAUCACCAAUGGUGGUUUGUCAUACCGCUGACUACCUACUGCCAGGUUAUGCUGGAGACACCUUCAUUUCAGAUUGCUCCUUCUAGACGAGUCAUAAUGCACCGCCAUUGAUGACCAAGAACCAGUCGAUUCGAAUGACGGCAGUUUAUUAGCUAACUGUAGUAUACUAUAGCGGCUUCUAAUAUAAGUCCUAAUGGAUACCGUUGACAGAUCAAUACAAACCUCGAUCACCUUGGUGACCAACCUCAGAUAAGAAUGCGAACAGGACCGAUUUCAACUGGUCAAUAUUGCUACUUCUAGCAACUAGUAUUGAUAUUCUAACACUGAUGACAUGAGACGGUAAGACUGAAAGCUGGGUAAGCUGGUUUUUGAUCUCGACUGGUUACUGGUCAUUGUUUAAAGCGCUGCUGGGUGUGGCGGAGAAAUGGGUAAUACGGGGCCUUCAAACUCACCGUUACAAGUAAUACAUAACUACAAUAUUCGUCACGUGAAUCCACCAGCCGUCCGCCUUGUUCGUUGCCUGGUAGAAAAUGUACAUUGCCAUGUUCAUCUCUCGGGACAUUUACACGAAAUUUCAACAAAGCGCAGUUAAUCAAAACUAAGAUGGAUGGCGGCCGGCUAAUUUGAUGAACAUGUCAUCAUCGUUUAACCACUACCGCUCAACAUGGAGAAAGGUUCUUAGUCAUCCAGCCUCGUACCCAACCAUUUCAGAUCCUCGUCAAUUCCUGACACAAGGUUUGGUUGUUGUUUUGUGUGCGAUCGACCACCCAAAUAUCACGAGAUCUCGCAGGGAGGUGGAUCAACUCGACCAACGAGGACCCUGUCGCGUUCCGCCAAGAACCAGUAGGAAAAGUGAAGAAGUCUCCCUAUCUAGAAAGCCUAGGACAACACCACCAGGCAUGAUGCACUCUGGGAGAAUCCGCAGAAGGCAGACGACGUCCAGGCAGGCCAAGGAAGACAUGAUGGCGACGAUCGACAGAACAUGGGGAUGAACUGGACCCAAGUUGAGUGAGCUGGCGACCUAUGCUCCACUACUUGCAGGCGCAGCAUUGGGCGUGUCUGAGGUGUAUAAGUGGCUAAGACUGUGUCAUCGUUAAAGUAGCAUCACGAACAUGUCAUGUUAUGGUUAGCUGACACUUAUUUAACAGUGAAACUGUAUAUACGUGUUUAACAGAUUGUGGCGAUGGGUAACUGGUGAUAAGAUUGUUUCAUCACCGCUGUGGCAAGUGAAUAGGGAUCGGCAUACUAAUAGAGGUUCUUCACGUGACGUCACGACGUGACGUCAUUGAAGAACCUCUACAUAGGUGGCGCUGAUUAUUACUAGGGUAUGAAUCAAAAUUACGUCAAAACGACAAAAUUGACCACAGGUCUCAAUCUCCAAGCCUACUGUUCCAGCGAUGUUGAUUGUCUUUCACGAGGCAACUUUAAUGUCGCAUUAUGAUUUGAAAAAGGUAUCGAAUAUCCAUGCAAUAC